AUGCGAACUGGCGGUUUGUUGCAAAUAUUCAAAGAUUUUUCGAAUUGGUCGACUGUGGCUGUGGUUCCACAUAUUGCAAAUGCCACGCAUAAGGUGGGUUUUGAUCUACUCGGGAGUAGCUAUCAGUGGAGCGCGCUUGCUUGUUUGGGUGAAGACAUUUCAGAGGCGCGAAGUUUUUAUCGAAAUCCGGGCUGCUUUCAAACAUGUUCGCGUGGCCGACUGGUUAUAAGCAUUGCCUUUGAAGUUGCCCACCUCGUUUUGCUCAAGUUCGCUUCCUCAUCGGAACUUUUUUUGUAAUUCAGUUUUUUUCUAACCUUCCCAUUAAACAUGCCUCUGGGCAAAAAAUAAAUUACAACUUCCCAAAAGUCCUGUUUUCGGUCUAUCUACACCAUUCCUUUUUGGCGUAUUGGUGACAUAUGUACAAAAAGAAGAUGGACAGAUAGAAGAAAUAGGAAAAGGGAAAGAAGGAAAGGGGGACAGCUGGGAAAAAAGAAGAAGAAGAAAAUAGGAAAACGGAAAAUAAGAGCGAAGAGAGAAGGGGGUUUUGGAUGUGUGCCAGAAAAUAUAUAGGGGUUGUUUUGAUCUACUUAGUUAGAGUUAGAUGAGCAGGAUUUGAAAAACUACAAAAAUUACUGUAGGCUCACGGAAAGCAUACUGUAUCUAGUAAUACAUCGCAUUAUGAGGAUUACUGUAACUAGAAUUGCAAUUAUUUUUGUUUGAUGAACUUGAAGAACUACUCUAAGGUAUCUCAAACUGCAAAAGAUACUGUUUGAGCUGCAAAGGGUACUGUAACAUAAUUAUUACUAACUGCAAGGAUUACGGUACCUCAAACUGCAAGAGUUACUGUAGCAUCAGAGUUGAAACUUCUAGAACUGCAAAAUAUACUGUUCCUCACACAGAUUACUGUAGCCUCGGAAUUACAGUUUCUAGAACUGCUAGGUAUACGAUUCCUCAAAUUGUCGAACUGCAAGGCUUACUGUACUUUGAAUUGAAUAAAUUACCGUACUAUUUCAAGCUACAAGGGGUACUGUAUUUCAAAACACUUCGAAUUGCUAACAUUGAAUUGCUAACAUUGGCUCAUGAAUUUUUCGGACUGAAAGGGUUACUGUAAUUCGAAUUUGAAAAAAUUACGGUACUACUUCCAGACUGCAAGGAUUACUGUGCCUAGAAAAAUUGUAACUUCAAAUUUUAUUAAAAAUAUGUAUAUCAGAAAAUCUACGAGUUUUUCAAAAAUUUCCAAUUUUUUUCAGAUCUCGCGAGCAUUUUGGAUCAUCGUCUUCCUUUUUGUUUUGGGAAUGUUCAUCUACGAACUCUACAUUGUUAUCUCAAAAUUCUUCUCAUAUCCAGCAACUGUGAAUACGGAAAUAUUUUUCGAAAAAUUGGCAUUUCCAGUUGUUUCGAUUUGUAAUAUGAAUCCAUACAAAUACAGCAAAGUUCAAUCGACUUCUGCAUUUUCGAAUUUCAAUUCUUUGAUGACCGCUUAUAAAAAUGCGAUGGCUGGAAGUUAUUCGGGAGAUUCUUAUGGAUUUUCGGUAGGUUUCUGAAGUUAGACUAACUUAUGUUUUCAAAAAUCUUUAGGAAACCUCCGGCCAAUCAUACGAUCUCGAUGCUCGUGCCUACGAUGCUCAAAUCCUCGAAGCCUAUCAAAUCUCAGAUGCUCAAAAAGAGCCCGCUCUCUAUACAUUUGCAGAUUUGGUACAAGAUUGCACAUUUGCUGGCUCGCCUUGUUCUUCAAGUGAUUUUACACGGUAUAUCGAUCCGGUUUAUGGCGCGUGUUAUAGUUUUAAUUCGGAUAAGUCGCUGAAUUUUUCUGUUAGUCGACAAGGGAUUCAGUUUGGAUUGAAGAUGGUUAUUACUGUUGGAGUGAGUUUUGGGUUUGGAAGCUUUUUCCACAGAAUCUGAACUUUAACAUGAGCAAUGCUCGAUUUUUUUUAAGUAUCGAAAAAAAACCUUGAUUUCUGUGCGAACAUGAGCAAUAAGUGUUCCAAAAUUUGCUUUUAAUUUCAGCUUUUACUCUACCUAACAUGAGCAAUGCUCAAUUUUUAAAAAUCUAUCAAAACUCUGAAUUUUUGAUUUAACAUGAGCAAUAAUUAUUUCAAAAUUCUUUUGUCUUCGAAUUUCAGCGUUUUCUGUAUCUAACAUGAGCAAUACUCAAAAUUUCCACGAAAUUUUUUUCUGAUUAUCUAAACCAAGUAAGAUGAAAAUCAGUUUUAAAAAAUGGCCAAAAAUUAUAUGUCAAUUUUGAAACAGUAGAUUUUUCUCAGUUGAAUUUUUUAAAAGGAUUAUUUUGGUUUGGGCAUUCAAAAAUUAAAAAUUUUAAAAUUCAUUUCAGCAAACCUUGGUGAAUAACAACAAUGAUUUUCUGCCAACCACAAAACAAGCUGGAGCUCGAGUUGGAAUAUUGGCUCGCGGAGUUUUGCCUGGUUUGGAUAAUAAUGGAAUUGAUGUUGGAGUUGGAUCGGAUACGGCUAUUUCGAUUAGUUAUGUGAGUUUGGGAAAUGGAUUUAAAGAUUCGGGCUAGAAUUUGAGAUGGACUAACUUUUUGGAUUAAAAAAAAUUAUUUUUUGAAUCUAGAGACCUGCUAAAAUUUCUUAUGAUCAGAAGUGUGUCAAGUAGCUGAUCCUAGGAAACCUGAUUGACUAGAAGCCGCGCCUUGAGAGUUACGGUUGCUAGGUACGGCGCCUUGAUAGCGUCUAUGUCAAGAAGCCGAGCCUAGAAAACAUAACUCAGGAGCAACGCCUAGAGAACCAUUCUUGAAGAAUCUGACAUUUUCAGUAAUCUUCAGAUUCUUUUCGGAAUUUUCAGAUGGCCAAAAACUUCUAUACUUUCUUAUUUCGAAAUUCCAAAGUUAGAGUAAUUAUUCCGCUCCAAGUGAAAAUAAUAUAUUACAUAUAAUUUUCAAUACUCGUUAAAAUUCCAAAGUUCUUUCCCCCUCUAUUUUCAGACCCAAAACAUUCGUGCCAAAAAACCCUAUGGAAAAUGUGUUGAUCGCGAGCCAACUUCAACCGAUUAUUAUCAAAAUUACACGUAUACUUUGGAAACUUGUUUCGAGGGUUGUAAACAGCGAGAUACUGUUAAACAUUGUAGUUGUGCAAAUCCAAGAUUUGCUCUGGGAGCCAGUGACACGGCAUGUCAGCCGAAUAAAAAUGAUUGUGAGGUUUUUUGGGGGGUGUUCUCACUUGAGAACCUCUUUUUGGCACCCUGCUAAAAGUUCCAUUUUUCCAGUGGACUGCUUACAAACCCUGAAAGGAAAUCAAACAAAUUCGGCCGAUCCAAAUAUCGAUCUUUUGACCGAAUGCAGUUGUAAUCCACCGUGCAAUGAAGACACUUAUUCCACAACUGUUUCUUUUGCCAAAUUUCCAGCCACAAAAUAUUAUGUGGCUGUCUCGGAUGAUAGUACGGUAGGGUUUUGGAAUUUUUAAUUUGAAAUAUCCAAGAAAUUUAUGACAUGUUACUAAAAAAUUUCGAAAUUGUGAGCUUGGAACAUAUACGUUUCAAAAAUAUUAUCUAUUUCUGUGAGAUUUUUGAGAUUUUGAUAUUGUUGAUUCUAUUAUUCUGCAGAAAUUAAAUAAAGAAACGUGAACAUUUUCAGAGAACCCAUGUCGUUGGGGGCGUUGCGGUCACGCGAUACGUGCUUCAUUUCCAGAACUUUAUCAAUUUUUUUCAAUUUUUCAAGCAAAUUUUCAAAAAUGAAACACACAUCGCGUGACCGCAACGCCCCCAACGACAUGGGUUUGCUGAAAAUUUUCACGUUUCUUUAUUUAUUUUGACAAUAUUUUAUCUUUCAAUCUAAUAAACCUAAAUACUCGAAAUAUUAGCUCAAAACGGGCCCAAAUAUCUGAUGAAAAUUAGAAAUAUUGAUUGGGCCUAGUCUAACUUUCCUCCUAAGCCUAAAUUAAGCUCACAAGGUUCCCAGUUUUUCAGAUUGGAAGUUGCACAACAUCCAGCAAAUUUUCGGUGAGUGUUUCCCGAACCUUCUGAAAAAAUGUUCCGAUUUGUUUUUCCAGUCUCAAACCGCUUGUCAAAAUUGGUAUUCCUCAAACGGCCUUAUUCUUCAAGUAUUCUUCGCCACUUUGAGUUACGAAGUUUACACGGAAACAUCUGGAUAUACAAUCGGAAAUAUUAUUAAUGAUUUGGGUGGACAAGCUGGAUUAUGGUUGGGGUUGUCAGUGAUUUCUUGUGUUGAGAUGACUGGAUUGCUAUUGGUUAUGUGUGGAUUUGCAGCGAAAGGUGGAAAAGUUAAGAUAAAUCCGGAUGAUGAUGAUUUUGAGGGAGAUCAUAGAAUUAAGGUUGGUUAUUUAUGUAUUUAAGAUCUGUCACUUAUAGUUUUAAUUUCAAUUUCAGGACGUUGAAGAUGUGAAAAAAGAAUUGGAUCAUAUGGAGAAAAAUCAUAAAGAUAUGGGAAUGGAUUCGGAUUUGGAUGAUGAAAUUGAAAAUGAUAAGAAAAUUCGAUGA